GUAUACCGGAAGUAAUAUUAGAUUCCUGUCGCUGGGGAACCGGUGAGUUAAGAAACCUUCCUACUGCCUAUAAAGUCACCUUAACUAAUCAUAUCAUGUCACUGAAACACUAAAGUUGCAAUGUGAAGUGAUAUCAGAAACGAAAGUAGUUUAACGGAAAGACCGGGAGUCCAAACGUGACAUUAAUGUAAAAGAGGAUCCCCAUGGGGUUUUCACAGACGCAGAUAUAACUGAUUGAACCACCCAGGUACAAAUCUUCAUUCGUCUGUAAAUGAUAACAACAAUGGCAGGAAAACAGCAUUUCAGCAAAACUACCCACACUCCUUUACCUAAAAUUGACUCAGAAUUGGAGCAGUAUGCCGGGGAAAAUGUUCAAGCUCUUCUAAAAAAGCAUGCAGGAUCAGGACCCUCAGAAACACUACAGAAUGCCUAUCAGGAAUAUAUAGACCUGUUGCGGAGUUAUAAGGAGUUAAGUGAAAAGCACAAGAAAGAGGCAGCCUCCCUGUUAAAUACCCAAAUACGAGGAACGAUAACUCUAAGUGAUAAAACGAUUGCGGAUUACAAGACUCGGACAAAUUCCUCUAUUGUAAAGUUAAUGAAAAAUGACAAAGAAGACAGCAAAGCUAUACAGGAGCUACAUACUCUUAUAUCAGCACACUUGAAACUGAAACAGGUCAAAGGUGAAAGUAAAGCAAAAGAAGACAGACCAAAUUUUAGCCGUGUUCGUUCUAGAGAAGAUGGCUUAAGAGGGGCCUCCAAUCCUCCCAAAUCUGACACAGCUAUGGAGACUGAUGACAAAAGCGAAAAGAAGAAGGAACUGCCAUUGCCUCAGUCGCUGACGACUUCUGUGCUACAGGGUCGGCCAAUGGCACAUUUGCCUAUGAUAGAAUACCAGCAGUUGGUACGGAGGCUAGAGAGCCAACAGAGAGAUAUCGAAGAGAUGACCACCAGAUUGAGCCGCUUUGCCAGUAACCAAGUGACCCAGGGCAAUCCUAACAUAGCCGAUCUGAGUGACAAAAAUCGUCCAACUAAAAUUGGCGAGAAGUUUGGGGAGCUGUACGAUAAUGAAUGGUCGGAAGCAUAUGAAGCUUUUAAAGAAAAAAUGGAAAUAGUAAACGAUGAGGACGAACCAAAAGUAAUUGAGCAGCUUCUAAGGGUUGUACAUUCAGCUCAAAUGUUUUGUGCGGAUGUGUCCAAUGAUCAACUAAAUCAACUAAAGAAAAACUUAAAACAGCCAAUACUGGAGGUGUCCUUCACAUCAUCUGGAGGAAAACAGAGAGAGACAAAAUCAGUUCCAGAGGACAAAGGUCUUGAAACAAGCGCAGAAAAAUAUGCAAAGAAUUUUCGGAAAGAAUGUGCACUUAGAUGCAUACCAGCUGUCAUUCAGUUGUACAAGUCCACACAAGGCCAACAUUUUUCCUGGGCCAGAUCACCCCACGCUGAUGCAAUCCACAAGUAUGUGGAUCGUUGUAUCGAACUGAUCUGGUUGAUGAGUGUACAAGACCCACCGAUGUACCUGGUGUCGGCGGAGAAAGGUGACAAAGUGAGGACAGACUUGUUUACUUACUAUGGCAGCAAGGGCAAGGUUGUGGAGAGCACUGUAUGGCCUGCAGUCCUCCUGCAUUCGAACGGUCCCAUCAUCAGCAAAGGAUACAUUAUUCCCAUGGCCAAGUGAUGCGGCGCCAUACCUGCUUUAACCAGAGACGUGUAUCACAUCUGAUAUACACGUCUGUGCUUUAACCACAUACUUACAUAUGGCACCAAAAUCUAAUCCUAGUCUGUUUUCUAAUGCAUUUAAAAUCAUUUUGUACUUGAUGUCAAAAUUAAGCACUUGUACAUUCUUGGACAAUUCAAUUAAUACAUUGUCUAUACAUGUAUAUAUAUCAAAGUAACCAUGUUGCAUGCUCCUGGAUACAUUUCUUGACCAUAAGUAGUUAUCACCUAUUAUGUAAUAUAUUUUCAGAAUGACGUUGAUUGAUGUUAUUUUAAGUUUAUUCUUUGUUGUAAGUGCUAUGUAUCGUAUUAAAUAAUUUUCAUAGAUGGAACCCCUCCAUCUCCUUUUUCUAAUAACACCUUUUUAGUCUUGCGAGUAAGCUUUUAUUUGAAAACCGAACCGUGUAUUUGUCAUUACAGAAGUAAUGCAAUGGUUCGGGUAUUGAGUAUUUUAGAAGGUAAGGUAUAUUUUUUAACAAGGAGUUGGCAUUGUAGGUAAUAAAUAAUUAUCAAAAGAAAAAUUAUUACUUUGGUGUAAAAUACAAAAACAAUAAAAUAUAUUUCAAAUAUUAAUCAUA